CGCCCCGAACCCCGCCUGCCGGACCUGCAGCGCCGCGAGCGCAGGCUGACCACGCGUCCCCGCACACUCGCGCCUUUCCCCGGACCCGGUGGCCGUCGGAGGACUGGGGCGGCCAUUUAGACCUUUUUUUUUUUUUUUUUUAAUUAAAAUCGUGUUUCUUGCCUGUCUUCGGAUUUGGGGAGGGAUUUUUUUUUUUAAGAUUUGUUGUUAUCGUAAACGAUUUUUUUUUUGGUUUUGAUCGACACGUCGGAGACCUUUCCUUGAGUUUUGGUUUUGUUUUGGAUCCGGAGACCACCGAGGCUGAGCCUCCUCGAGGGCCCGCUGCAUUUCAGCCAAGGACAAAAGGAGCCCCCCGCGCUGCUCUCUCCUGCCCCGCCUGAGCUCCGCCGCACCCGGAUUCAUUCCCGUCCAUGCUCAGCAUGAAGAAAACCCAAAUGGGAAGGUUCAAUAUUUCCCCCGAUGAGGACAGCAGCAGUUACAGCUCCAACAGCGACUUCAACUACUCCUACCCCACCAAGCAAGCUGCUCUGAAAAGCCAUUAUGUUGAUGUCGAUCCUGAAAACCAGAACUUUUUACUUGAAUCAAAUUUGGGGAAGAAGAAGUAUGAAUCAGACUUUAAUCCAGGUACUACUUCCUUUGGAAUGUCAGUAUUUAAUCUGAGCAAUGCGAUUGUGGGCAGUGGAAUCCUUGGGCUUUCUUUUGCCAUGGCUAAUACUGGAAUUGCUCUUUUUAUAAUUCUCUUGACAUUUGUGUCAAUAUUUUCCCUCUAUUCUGUACAUCUCCUUUUAAAGACUGCCAAUGAAGGAGGGUCUUUAUCAUAUGAGCAGUUGGGGCAUAAGGCAUUUGGAAUAGUUGGAAAGCUAGCUGCCUCUGGAUCAAUCACAAUGCAGAAUAUUGGAGCUAUGUCAAGCUACCUCUUCAUAGUGAAAUCUGAGUUACCUUUGGUGAUCAAGGCAUUAAUGAACGAUGGAGAGUCCAAUGGAGAAUGGUAUCUCGAAGGGGACUAUUUGGUUUUGCUGGUGUCACUGGUGCUUAUUCUUCCUUUGUCGCUGCUAAGAAAUUUAGGAUAUUUGGGAUAUACCAGUGGCCUUUCCUUAUUGUGUAUGAUGUUCUUUCUGAUUGUGGUGAUCUGCAAGAAAUUUCAGAUUCCUUGUCCUUUGGAAUUUGCUUUAAUACUUAAUGAAACAAUGAACAACACUCUAACACACCCAACAGCUUUUGCAUCUGAAUUGGGCUUAAAUGUCACUGGAGCAGACACUUGCAAACCUCGAUAUUUUAUCUUCAACUCUCAGACUGUGUAUGCAGUGCCAAUUCUGACAUUUUCUUUCGUCUGCCACCCUGCUGUUCUUCCCAUCUAUGAGGAGCUGAAAGGCCGAAGCCGGAGGAGAAUGAUGAAUGUGUCUAAGAUUUCAUUUUUCGCAAUGUUCCUCAUGUACCUGUUUGCUGCCCUCUUUGGAUACCUGACAUUUUAUGAACAUGUUGAGCCAGAAUUGCUUCAUACCUACUCUUCUGUCAAGAAAACUGAUAUUCUUCUUCUUAUUGUCCGUCUGGCUGUGUUGAUGGCUGUCACCCUGACAGUACCAGUGGUUAUUUUUCCAAUCCGGAGCUCUGUGACACAAUUGCUAUGUGCAGCAAAAGAUUUCUCUUGGUGGAGGCAUACUCUCAUUACCUUGUGCAUUUUGGGAUUUACUAACUUGCUUGUCAUCUUUGUCCCAGAUAUAAGAGAUAUCUUUGGUUUCAUUGGUGCCUCGGCAGCUGCUAUGCUGAUUUUUAUUCUCCCAUCUGCCUUCUAUAUCAAGUUGGUAAAGAAGGAACCAAUGAAAACUGUACAGAAGAUGGGGGCUCUGCUUUUCCUGAUCAGUGGUGUGGUGGUGAUGAUUGGAAGCAUGGCUCUGAUUGUCCUGGAUUGGGUACACAACCCCCCUGCAGGUGGCCCUUAAUUGGUACCGCUGAAACUCAAAAUCAUCCCUCGGAUGAUGUGCCAGUGUUGAGUCAUUCUCAACUACUAUGAAAUUUCACCUGAUGUUUUCCGUUCACUUCCUUUUGAAGUGCAGAUUCCUCGCUGGUUCUUCUGGAUGCAGAAUAAGUGAACUUUUUUUUAAUUUUUUAAUUAUUGUUAUUGUUUUUGUUUUUUUUAAAGAAACUUAAUCUGUAUGUUAGGAAUCUUGACAACAAAACCACGAGUCUCGGGUUAAGGGAAGUGACAAUUUUAUUCCAUUCCAGAGAAUGGACAGACUCUUUAACUUUUAUCAAGCCACAUGCUUGGCUGUGUCAUUGUUUAACUUGGAUAUUUUAUGAUUUUACUUGAAUGUGCCUAAUGGAACCAUUCGAUGUGAGAAACAAAUGUUCAUUUAGAGCAAAGUAUUGAGAAAACCGUUGAGGGGGAAAAAAUGCUUAUUAUUUUUUUGUACCAAAAAGAAAAAGAUACUUCAAGACCUCAGAAGCACUAUUUUACUUUUAAGAAAUUGCUUUCUGUUUUUGAACUCUCCACAAACAGUUGACAAUAAAUUCCGUAAAAUGA